AUGCGCGAGGCGGCCGCGGGCGCGGCGGCUGUAGGUGGCGCGGUCCAGCGCAGCAGCGGCGAGCACGCGCGGCAGUGCAGCGGCACGGUCAGCGAAAGUGGGCGCGGUGUGGGCGGUGAGCAGCGCCAGGCGCGGUGUCGCGCGAGUGGUUGGCGAUGGCGUCCACGGCCGAUGUGGCCAGGUGAGGCGGAGGCACGGCAGCGGGUGAGCGGAAGGGCGCGCGGGGCGGCCGCGGGCGCGGGGCGCGGGAAUCAGGGCGCAGGGACUGCGGGCGGCUACAUCAGCGGGAGGGACACGGCCGGGCGUGAGGGACCGCGAGUAGGGGAGAGAAGGGGAGGCCGCGGCCUCACCGUCCGAUGCAGGGGGAUGGCAGCGGGCGCGAGGAGGAGGCCGACAACGGCGGGUCGAGGCGGUGGCGUCGUUGGUGCGCCGCGGCGAGGCGCCUAG